UUGAAGGGUUUUCAUUUCAGGUGUACCGGUGUGAGUUCUGUGAGCGUUUUUAUGCAGAUCCUGCUUUUCUCACUGAACAUCGAUUAAGUCAUACUGAUGAGCCUCUCCCUUUCAAGUGUCACAUAUGUGGUGUAGGUUUUACAACAUUUGCUCGUGUAGCAACUCAUAAAGUGAUUCAUGGUGUCUAUGAGAAGAAAGAUGAGUUUUCAGUUCCAAAAUUAUUUUUGUGCGACUCUUGUGAUAAGUCAUAUGUCCACUGGACAUACCUCGCCGUUCAUCGUAAGAUGAUACAUGCUGAGGUGAAACACAUGUACAAAUGCAAGAUGUGUCCUGAGCAGUUUAUAAACUCAUGGGGUUUAGCAUACCACCGAAGAACGCGUCACUGUGAGACAGAACCGCCUCCAUUGGGCAGUGGCUUGCCUGCAAGUGAACGAAAGCGGUGGAAAUGUGAAUACUGUGAGAAGCGUUAUGUGAGCCAACAGUCACUUUUAGCUCAUAUAAAUAUGUUACAUACUGGAGACAACCCUGGCCCUACUUUCCAGUGUGAUCAAUGUGGGAAAAGAUUUGCUCGAAAGUUGUCUCUGGAUUCUCACAAUAAAACACACAGUGGAAAAAAACCUCAUGUGUGUCCUCUGUGUAAGAAGACAUUUGUACAUAGCUCAGGCCUUUCAUCACAUCUACGGUUACAUCGGGGUGAUAAACCACAUUCCUGCGAGUACUGCGGCAAAAAAUUCCUUCAAAGAGGAGACAGGGAUGACCAUGUUCGCAAACAUACAGGAGAAAGACCAUUUUCUUGUCAGCAAUGUUCUAAAUCUUUCCGCACACGAGCCAUGUGGUUUGAACAUACUAGAAUACACCGUGAUGAACGCCCAUUCCCUUGUGACAUUUGUGGAAUUGCAUUCCGUCGUUCAUAUGCACUGAAGAAUCACAAGACUAUCCAUACGGGUGAGCGCCCACAUGUUUGUGAAAUAUGCAACAGGUCAUUCAGGCAGAAGCAGGAUAUGCAGAAACAUGUAAGAAGUCACCACCAGGAAGAUAUUCAGGUGCAGGAACUAAGUGAUGAAGUCAUGACAUUUGUAUUACCAGCAGAUUAAUCUGAAUCAUAGUGAAACACCAAAUUUUUGUUUUCCCACAGUUUAAUGAAUUUUCAUUUGGGCAUUUGCUUUUCAUAUAUUUUUUUAAUACCUGGGAAAGCUCAUGAAAUCUGGAAUUCACCAGAACAUACUCAUAAUUGCAUUCUUUCUAUUGGCAAUUUUGAAGACGUACAAAUACUGUAUUUCCUUGAUUUUAAGAUGCAAUGGAUUUUAAGACAAUAAUAGGUUUGCAGAAAAGAAAGUUGCUAUUGAUUUUAUGAUGCACCUUGAUUUAUUAAUAGGUUUUUAGGGCGGGGGGAAUGUAUAUUACAAUAGCAAUUGUCAGUGUUCAAACAUAAAACUCAUUUGUAAUAAUACUUUUGGAAUCUUCUGUGUUGCUAUCUUUGUGUUUACUGCCCCAUGACUAGUGUUAUAGGCAUGGAGAUUUUUCCUUGUGUUUCAGUCAUGCAGUAUCAUGUUUCAACAUUGAUUCUUAAAUGCUAUCAAAUGUAAGAUGAACCCCAAUUUCAGAAAUUUUAAAAUGUGAAAAAGUGUCUUAAAACUGAGGAAACUUUUUUGUCAUUACAGAACUAGAUUCUAUGUAAUUUAAGUGUAGUUUUUGAAGUUAACAAAAUAAAGUUUAUAGCCUUUCUGCGUUCAGUUCCAAACAUUUAACAACUUCCACAAAAUGCAUGCUGUAAAAACAGUAGAAAUUCCUAAACCAUGUUGUGUCGUAGAAUGUAAUAACAUGUGCCAUUUUCAUUGUACCUCUUUUUAUGCAUUAUACAAAGGGCAAAAAGAACUUUGUAAGUCCAGGAUAUAAUGUAUAUUUUCAUUAUCAAAAUACAGGUUUCACAAUAUUAUCUUUGCUACAAACUACAUUUAGCUGUGCAAAUCAUGGCAGAAUUUACAGUGUUCUGAUAUUAUUGCAGAUAGUUGCUUAUUAUACAUUGCAAUCAGACUAAAUUGAGCAGAUAAUUCCUGUCUACCUGUAAGUAUUUCUUUCCAUUUGUAAGUAAUCAAUAAAUUUGUGCAUUUUUAAGUGUAAUUGGAGCCUCAGAGUUUUGUUAAUUCUACUUGAGACAGAGUUUCAAGUUUGCUCAUAUUUACAAAAAUUAAACUACACAAACAUUCAGAAAACAUCUGAAGGCAGUAAUAUUAUACAGCCAUUCUGGCUAAGGGAAUUUGGCUAAAUUUGGUCUUAGAAGCUACUACAGAAAUGUAGCCUAUUGAUAUCUAUUUAAUUUUGGGAAUUUUAUGUAGCUGCAAGGUUACCUGUUUCAGUGGAUCUGAUUGUUAGACAGGUUCAAGGAAAUACAGGGUUUGUAUUCCCAAAUGUUAUUUUCUGUGGUCUGUAAGAAUAUGAAGGUGGUCUUCCAUCUCUUUUUUAAACAUAAAUGUCAUGUUACAUCUACAUAACCUCUUAUAGUAUGUGAAGUACAAUACAUGUUCAUUUAUCAAUUUCUGCAAUGCCCAGUUCCCACAGUUUAUGACUUUAGCCACCUAUCAGAGAAGUUUAAAUGAGGAAUUUCACUUACUGUGUGCAUGAAAAGUAUACCAUACCUUAUUCCCCCAGGCUUCAAAAUUGUGAUAACUUUUUAGAAAACAGAUGGUUAUAUUUAAUAUAUGUGGUAAGAGGAUGAGAUUACUUUGACUGAAACAGCACUGUGCCAUUUGAUGUGAAAUGAUGGAAAUAAACCAUUGGAUUUUAA